UGGACUGUAACCUGAUUGUUGUGCGUGACGUCUCUGUAUCGCGUCAGAGUCACGGUGAAAAAAUUUUACGUCUGAGGACGUCAACAAGACUUUGUCAACAUAGUUGAAUAUUGAAGGCUAACGACGAAUUUCGACAAAAUGGCUGAUGAAGCGGAAGCGAAGAACCCUGGACAACCUCCGCUGGACAACGAGGGAAAAAACGACGGGGUCUCUAGCUAUAUGAAUCCAAUCAAUGAGGAAGGGGCCCUCUUGUGCCAAUUAUAUCGAGAGCAAGUAGAGGUGGAAGCGAGAUCCUUGGCCCUCAGGAAGGAAAUUCGACGCAGACAAGAAAAUCUGGGUCUCUCUCCAUCAUCUGACGAGGAGGUUGCCAAAUCAAGAAAGGUUAACCAGAAAAAAACUGUCACGUCCACUCAAAACGUAGAUCCCGAGGCUGAGUUGUCCGAGGAAUCUCCCGAUGAUGAGUCUUCGGAUGAAGACCCUGGUGCCGCGGGACCGUUCCCAACGACCUCGUCUACACGGAUUUCCGCAGAGGUCGAGGAAUUGCUCCAGAAAAUUAAAAACCUCCCGCCACCGAAACUGAAACUGGCACGAUAUCAAAAGGCCACACCGGCAGAUAUCCAGGCCGAAAACCUGAAGAGAAAAAGGAUCGAGACGAAACCGCAUCCGUUAAGCACCAAUGCCUCAGGAGAACCAAAAAGAUCAACCGACAUACGAAACGCGGUAGUUGCCCCGUCCGUGAUGGUGGAACCAUUGCCGUUAGGCAAACUCCCGUCUUUCGACGAAGUCGUAAGGGAAUUGGGAAUCCCGGAAUUACUCAUAGCGCAGGGACACCGCCCACCACUGUACGUAGCCGAUUGUCGCAUUUUGAGUCAGGAUUUACUCAAAAAAUUGAUUAAUAAACGCGCUGAACACCUGGUAAGCCGCAUGGAGUCAAAACGGGUCGAUCGUGGCACCCAAACCUUCAUCACACAAGUCGGCAAACAACAUGUGGCUGGUUGCGUAAAUUGUCGUUCCCGGGGACACCACUUCAAGAACUGCGAGCUUCCGUACCGCCCAGGCUUUUGUCAAGUAUGUGGAGCGGAUGGCUUCGAGGCUCAGGAUUGCAUUUAUCCUCAUGGGAUCGAACAUGAAAUGGCCCUGGGGAGGUGCCUGGGAUGCUCAAGGGAUUUAAGUCUUUACUGCCCGGAAUGUCCAGAUUGUAACAUUCGUUAUGCCGGAUUGGUUGAUUGGCUCAGACUGAAUUAUGCAACCUGGCCAACUGAACGGAUCCCAGAAGACCACCGUUACAUCGUCAAUGAAGCUAAAGGAACGCUUAAAAGGCACAUGGUUCGAUUCUCUGACCCGGGAGAUACCGCUAACCAAAUUCGGUCUUUCCUGAUCAGAGAGAAGGCCCUCGUCGGAGCAAAGAAAUUGGCAAAUCCCGCAGCCGCAACCGCCGAGGAAUUGUCAAAAACAAAAAGGUUGUUGGCCAUCCAAGCGUUGCAAAAACCGUUCGUCAUCAAAUCUCUUGACGAAAUAAUGGAAGAACGGCCCGAACUAUCGGAUGGAGAGGAAAUCAAGGUCAUUGUCCCCUCGAAAUAUAAGCAGCAGCGAGACUCCCGUAAGCAGUAAUGAAGUACGCCGACUACACGAACAACGAGGGAACAACUCCUCUACAUAACUUUGACAAAAUACUUUCCGUUCUUUCUAUUUUUAUUUUUGUUUUACUUACACGUAUUAUGUCUACUCGCGUUUUGGUUAAUCACUUAUUUACGAAACCCAUGUAAAAUUUAUA